UAAAAAUUCCCAAAAGAUCCCCUCAUUCAUGUGAUGGUGACGACCAGCAGAAACAUUCUUUCACAAUUUUGAUGUUGUUUCCUCUCCCAAGGGUGUGAACCCGAAAGAGGGGAGGGGAGGGUGGUCUUUCUUUCGUUUUGAAACAAUUUACCAGACCGCUCUCAACUGCACUGCGCAACAGUCUUUUGUUUCACCAGACGACCCCUUGUGCUUUUUAAAGAAACUGGAAAUAAUGUUUUUCUCUCGCAUGCUUUUGUCGCUUUCCUUUUUGGGCUUCCUCAGCGACUUCGGCGUGUCCUGCUGUGGUCAGAACUGUGCGGACAAGCCUGUCUUCAGUCCGCCCAGAUUGGUGGUGGAGUUUGGCGCGGCAGCGUCCGCCAGCUGCUCCGUGUGCCAGAGCGCUUGCCACGACAAGAAGUUUGGCCUGGAAAAAUCAGUCGGGACUUUAAACCAAAGCGGGACCACCAUUUCAUGGACCAUCGACAGAAUGGACCAGUGGUCUUCAUCCCCCAUAUGCUACUACAACAUGGGCAAUGGCUCCCAGUGCUGUAGCAUCCUGCCAGUGAUUGUUUAUCAGUACCCACAGAAGGUCCAUUUAGAAUGGAUCCGUCAAGACGGCCCGCUGUUGGAGGGUCAACGGUACACGCUGUCCUGUGCAGUGGAGAAAGUGGCUCCAGUUCGAAAUCUGAUUGUGGAAUUCCUGGAAGGGUCCAGAUUGUUGGCUAAGUACGACAUAAAGAACAGCAGAGAGAAGAAGCCGUCCGACACGGUGUUCAUGCACAACAUCACUGCCAGCAAAGAUAUUAAUGGCGCCUAUUACUGCUGUCAAGCCAAGCUGGAUUUAGGACCUGAGGGGCCACUACAUCAACGUGUGGUGAAAUCUGGCACGCUCUUGUCAACAGUUCACUAUAAGCCUCAGUUGAGUGGUGCGUCCAAUUUGGGACUAAUCACACUUUCGACGGGAGAUUCGCUUCACCUCAACUGCUCGGCCGAGGGCAACCCAAGACCCUCGUACAAUUGGACUCUCCCAUCAUUGGCCUCCGCUCAAUCCCCUUUCACUGGCGACAUUUUCGUCGUUGACUCAGUGACCACGGCGCACACCGGACAGUACAUCUGCAGUGUCAGCAACAGCAUGGGGUCAACCACUGCUCACUUUAACGUGGAAGUACAGGCCAACUACAUGCAUAUUAUUUUAGCGGUGGCAGCAGCGGUUGUCGCACUUGUGGUCCUCGCCUUCAUCGUCGUGUACAUCCGUUGCUACCGACUUAACAAGACUGGGAAGUACAACCUGAGAGACGUCUUGCGUUUGCGCCAACCACACGUCGCCUUGCCCACCGGGGAGUUGUAAGAAGGAAAAGUAAUGUGCGGACAAAUGUGUGGCUGUCCCUCUCACUGUGUUUUUAUUGCUCUAUGAGUUGUGUAAUUUAAAGUAGAGAAGACAACUAAGGCACAAAUCACUUUCAAUCAUGGUCCAUACUGAAAUUUUACUAAGAGUGGUUUUGAAUGAGUGAUUUUUGUUUUCUGUGUUAAGAAUAUGGCACAAGAGCACACUUUGAUCAAACAUAGUAAUAGUCUGCACGCAGGAUGUUUGCCUGCAUUUUUUAAAUACAAAUCCACUGGAAAUGAAAAAGAAUACCUAGGUUUUAGGGAUGAAACGGUUGAUGAAAAAAUGUGAACCGUUCGGUUGACCUCAAACGGUUCAGAGCACGGGCGUUGUUCGGAUCACGGUUUUUCUUUGGGUUGCUAAUCAGUCUGGAGAGUAGCACCCUACGAUUUCCACGUUAACGGAAUGGCGGACGGAAUCACGGAACUGGCUAAUAAAAACGGGAUCUACUACUUAAAGGCCUACUGAAAUGAGAUGUUCUUAUUUAAACGGGGAUAGCAGGUCCAUUCUAUGUGUCAUACUUGAUCAUUUCGCGAUAUUGCCAUAUUUUUGCUAAAAGGAUUUAGUAGAGAACAUCGACGAUAAAGUUCGCAACUUUUGGUCGCUAAUAAAAAAGCCUUGCCUGAAGUAGCAGACGAUGUGCGCGUGACGUCACGGGUUGUAGGGCUCCUCACAUCCUCACAUAGUUUACAAUCAUAGCCACCAGCAGCAAGAGCUUUUCGGAACAAGAAAGCGACGAUUUCCCCAUUAAUUUGAGCAAAGAAAAAAGAUUUGAAGAUGAGGAAAGUUAGAGUGAGGCACUAAAAAAAAAGAAAAAAAAAAGCGACGGCUCCAGGCGGCGGCAGUGUGAGCGUUUCAGAUGUAAUUAGACAUGUUUACUAGGAUAAUUCAAGUAAACUUAUUGUUUUAAUAGUGUUUUAGUGAGAUUGUAAAGUCAGAUCUGAAAGUCAGAUGGCUGCGGUGAACGCCAGUGUCUCUCAGAGAAGCCAAUGGAGGAGCCAAGAUCACAGCUGCCUUUUUGACAGCUGCAGGAGGAUGUCGCGUAAUCCACUGAAGUCUCCGGUAAGGGAAUAAUAAGUGUUUCUCGCCUUCCUCUCUGUCAUUUUUUCAUAAUAAUGAACUGGCAGCAGCCAGCGUCAUCUCACAAGACCCUCGGGUGCCGUGAAUGUCAAUCAAGCAAGCUACGGAAUUUGCCGCCAAUGUUUUUCUUGUAAAGUGUAUGGAAGCUGGAUGAAUUAGAUGCCAAAAACCAACCACUUUCAUGUGGUAUUGUACAGAAAGGACAACUUUUUUUCUCCUCCAUUUGAAAAUGUGGGCGUUAUCAUCAUUACUGUCUGAUUCCAAUCAAUGCAAGUCAUCAGAAUCAGGUAAUACACCAACUUAUAUUCUCGUCUUUGUGAAAGAAAGACAUCUAUAUGUGUUACACAUGCUUGUAUUAUCAUUAAACACAUUUAACUUGUUUACAAAAAUGUCUCUUUCAUAAAUAAAUAAAUAUAAAUGAUAUAUAUAAAUUAGGUAGAUCCCCUCGAGUUGGUCAAUUGAAAAGUAGCUCGCAUGCAGAAAAAGUGUGGGCACCCCUGCUCUUAAGGAUGCGCCGUUUUGUGGGCGGCCUAAUUUAUGUGCCUCCACUUCGACGGUGUCUUCGCCCCCUCAGUUAUGUUGUAGUUUUUAUCCAUUCCAUAUGGAGUCUACUGACAGAUAAAAGUUAAAACUAUACGCUACUUUGCAUUAUAAAUGACAACAGUGGAGGAUGUUAGCAAGCAUGUGCAAGUACGAGCGAGUCUAUCCUCCAACAAGAGAAUAGACAGAAAAAAAACAUAUUGCGGUUUUUCUUGUUUCUUGCAUUGAACAAAGAACAGGGCCAGCCCGAAUUCCUUUUGUUGCAUACUUGGCCAAUAGAGGCGAUUCUGAUUCUGACUACAGAAUCUUAUUGUGGCGGUCCGCUCCCUGUACGAUCAGUGCCAGAGCUUGGUCCGCAUUGCUGGCAGUAAGUCGAACACAUUUCCAGUGAGGGUUGUACUCCGCCAAGGCUGUCCUUUGUCACCAAUUCUGUUCAUAACUUUUAUGGACACAAUUUCUAGGCGCAGUCAAGGCGUUGAGGGGUUCCGGUUUGGUGACCGCAGGAUUAGGUCUCUGCUUUUUGCAGAUGAUGUGGUCCUGAUGGCUUCAUCUGACCGGGAUCUUCAGCUCUUACUGGAUCGGUUUGCAGCCGAGUGUGAAGCGACCGGAAUGAGAAUCAGCACCUCCAAGUCCGAGUCCAUGGUUCUCGCCCGGAAAAGGGUGGAAUGCCAUCUCCGGGUUGGGGAGGAGACCCUGCCCCAAGUGGAGGAGUUCAAGUACCUAGGAGUCUUGUCCAGGAGUGAGGGAAGAGUGGAUCGUGAGAUCGACAGGCGGAUUGGUGCGGCGUCUUCAGUAAUGCGGACGUUGUACCGAUCCGUUGUGGUGAAGAAGGAGCUGAGCCGGAAGGCAAAGCUCUCAAUUUACCGGUCGAUCUACGUUCCCAUCCUCACCUAUGGUCAUGAGCUUUGGGUCAUGACCGAAAGGAUAAGAUCACGGGUACAAGCGGCCCAAAUGAGUUUGGGUCUCUCCCUUAGAGAUAGGGUGAGAAGCUCUGCCAUCCGGGAGGAACUCAAAGUAAAGCCGCUGCUCCUUCACAUGGAGAGGAGCCAGAUGAGGUGGUUCGGGCAUCUGGUCAGGAUGCCACCCGAACGCCUCCCUAGGGAGGUGUUUAGGGCACGUCCAACCGGUAGGAGGCCACGGGGAAGACCCAGGACACGUUGGGAAGACUAUGUCUCCCGGCUGGCCUGGGAACGCCUCGGGAUCCCCCGGGAAGAGCUAGACGAAGUGGCUGGGGAAAGGGAAGUCUGGGUUUCCCUGCUUAGGUUGUUGCCCCCGCGACCCGACCUCGGAUAAGCGGAAGAAGAUGGAUGGAUGAUUCUGACUACAACUUUGGACUACAACUGUAUGUUGUAAAAGUCUUUGAGUAAACCGAUGGACCCCACCCUAAACAUGCACAAUCUGUGGUGAAAAGCGUGAAAAGGCGCAUGUAAAAUGUCAAUUAAGGAAUGACUAAAAGCGUCUUAUGAACAUUUGCAGCAAAAGUAUUCUUAGCCGCUUGUUGCGUUGUCACUGACAAGAAUAGAGAGGCAAACUUCCCCAUUUUGUCUCUGUGGCACAGUGGGAAACUGCUUGUCUUGCAAAUAGAAUAGACAUUGGGCUCAAAACCAGGUUAAAGUGCCGGUUGUAAGGUUGAUAUAUUUUUAUUUUUCAGCAUAAAAUAUUAUUGAAUUUUUAAUUUCCCAUAUAUUUGUUUUAUUCCAAAGCAUGCAACACAUUUAAUUUAAUUUAAGUUUGAUUAAGGCAAGAAUACAAAUAUUUUCUGAGAACCAAAAAAAAUUAGUAAAAAAAGUUCUGUUUAAAACCCCGCUUUAGCUUGGAGUGGCUCUGGGUAAACCUCCGCCAUAUAUGGACAUAUCCCCUGACAAAACUACGACAAAUGACGUAGCUAAAGUCUCAGAUUCCAAACCUCUCGUUUGGAGCAAGUUUGGAAGAAAGCCAGAUUGUUUUAUAAAUAUCUACCCCAUUUCUCCAAGGUUAUUUUACAACAUGAUUAGGCUUUAAUUUAAAAUUACGGGCAAAAUUGUCCAACAAUGUAAGGAUGCUUGUUUUCAUUCAAGGUUCAGAGCUUUAGGGACCAUUUUUUUAAGUUUUAUAUUCCAAGAUAGUUUUGCAAGAACCACCACUGAUAAAAAAGUACAGGAUGAUUAUCGGGGUAUAUGGAGUUCUUGGGUGUUAAAAAGAACAACAGUGUAAACUGAAAUAAACCAAACACCAUGUCUUAAAUCCGUAAUAUGAUCCGAACCGUGGAUUUUGUUCACCGUUCCACUCCUACUAGGUAUACUUUUGAAGCUAAGUCCAUGAAACUUUGAUGGGAAUCCACUUAACUUCAUAGGAUGAAUGUCACUUUUUUAUUGUUGUGUAAUCUUGUAUCAGAAUCUUUGAGGUGAAAUCAACUUUUGUAAAGAUUCUGGGAUAUUUAAAUGACAACUAUUUUAUAUGUAAGUGAAAGCAGUGUUUAAACUCAUAGUACAUUUCAGUGAGUUUUUGUCAGUUACUGUAAUAUAGACUCUUAAUUUGUUGUGAUAUGACUGACCUGCCUUUGAACUGUAAAAGCUGAAUUUCCCAAAUAGGCACAGGCAUUUGUGUAUUUUUUUUACCAAGGCGCUUUUUGGACUUGAUGGCAGAUCAUGUGUUCAAAGAAAAAGUAAUGUGCUUCUUUUCUGUCAAAGGGGCCAAACUUUGAUUAGAUUGCAUAAAAUAACUGUAAGGUCCCUCCAGGUGCAAGUAGUGUGCAAUAUUCAACUGCUGCUCUCUUCAUUUAUUGUGUAACUGUAACACAUCACUUGUUGUUUAUGUCCACAAUGUCCCCGUUUAAAAAAUAUUGCCACCAAAGUGAUGGAAACGAACUGGCCUGGAACCAUCUGUGCAUCCUGUCCUUAGGGCAGUUAAUGUUUCCGUGUUUUUCAGUUUAUUUGUGGCCUGAGGUCAAAGUGAUGAAUAAACACGUUAUAUUAUAUUAAUAAUAAUGUUGUGAACACUUUUAUUUGACUUACAUACAUGCUAUAUUUUCAAACAUUUGACUCUAUUGUAUGUAUUUUCUAUCAACUAUUAUUUCUAUAAAAACAAAGUUAUAUGCAGAAAUGUUCUAUCUCCUGUGUCGCAAGUUGGUGUAGAGUAAAAUUAAAAUUAUUUUCAAACUGGA